AUGGCUAAAAACAUUGCCGGGAACGAAUUCUGCAUAAAAAACCCUAUCCACAAUGUGGAUAAAAAAGUUCGGCAUCUAGCGCUUAUGCGAGGUAAAUCUUCACAAUGCUUUUUCACUCACACCCGAAUUCGCUCAUAUCUUUCUGUUGGAAAUUGUUAUGUGAAAGCUGAGAUUAGGCAGUCUUCUUUGGAAGUGUUACUAGAAAAAUGGAAGUACUUAAGGGUACUAGACCUUAGUAACUUGGCUAUAGACGAUGGAAUUUUACCAGAUUUCAUUGAGUUGCCAAAAGAUGUAAACAAGUUAGUUAAUCUUAGGGCAUUGGAUAUAAAGGGUUGUUCUAUGUUGACCCAUAUGCCUAAGGGCAUAGGACAAUUGACUUGCCUUGAGACACUAGGAAGAUUUGUGGUGGGUGGAGUGUGUUUGAGUUGGGAGCAAUUGCAUGAUCAAGUCAACGAACUUAAAGAUCUUAAUAGCCUCAAAGGCGAGCUUGAUAUUGAAAUCUGGAACCCGAUAGACAACGAUAAGGAAGGAGAAAAAUUGAUGGAAAAGAUGCAGCCGCAUUGCAAUCUUAAGGUGCUAGAGUUGAUGGGAGACAAAAGCGUAAUGAGAAUGCUAAGUUGGGGAAGGGGAUGCAAAUUAGUAACCUAUUUCCCGAACCUCGUUACAUUGCGACUUUUUAAGGUUGACAUUGAGCACCUAAUGUGCCUUGGAAAUCUUCGCUACCUGAAAGUCCUUACACUGGAGUCCAUGACAGAAUUGGAAUACAUAGUUGACGAUAUUUCUGUAGCACAAGGAUGUAUAUUAUUUUCCUCCCUUGAACAACUUGAGUUUACUUGGUUACCCAAGUUGAAAGGAUGGAGGAAACUGGUUGGUGAUGAUGGUAGCACCAGUAUGGAAGCAUUAUCGUUUCCUCGAUUGAAGACAUUGAGCAUACUUAGGUGCAAUCGCCUAGAAUCUAAUUUGUUAUGUCUCGUCUUGGAAAGUCUAAGGACUGUUGCUCGAGAAUUGGAGCAUCUCACUUCCUUGAAGCACUUAUGGAUGAUGGAUUGCCCGAAAUUAGAUUUAUCAGACGGAGUAGAGACAAAAAGGAGCUUUUGGCAAUCGCCUUAUUGGUUCUUCCGAUCCUUGAUAUUCCAAAAGGCCUAUUAUCCAAUAUCAUUCUAUAGCUCGCUCCGCACCUUGACAUUGUAUAACCUCCCUCAGGUUGUGGCUCUACCGAAUUGGAUACAAUACUUAGCGGCUUUGCAAACACUUGAAAUAUCUCAGUGCAAAAGACUGCGUUCUCUGUCCUACUGGAUGCCUAAACUCACCUCUCUUGAAGAACUGAGACUCAGAUGGUUGUUCAUCACACCUAAAGGAAAGAUGUCAUGGACUGGAUCGACGUCUCAUCCAACAUAUUCCUUUAAUUCGAAUUUGUCUGAAACCAAGCCCGGCGGAUUUGGAAUUCUGCAUGGUCCAUUAUUGAAUUUCCCUGAUUCUUGUCCUGAGGCAUAUUACUCAAGUCCAUUGUUUACCGUGUCUACUCAAGAAUAG